AUGACACCUGAACUCAAAUCAGAGUCUUCAGGAUUUCUUAUUCAACAAGAAGAUUAUAAUCACCAAUCAGAAUCUCAUCAAGACUCUAAUAAAGCUACGAACCAAGAACCCAAGAAUUCUUCCAAAGAUCAUGAAAUCAAAAGCCUAGGCUGUAAUAGUAAUGAAGAAGAACUUUACCUUCCAUUCUCAACAUUCUUGGCUCGUAGAAUAAUCAAACCAGAAAGCUCAGCUCCAAAGAAACCUAUUUUACAAAAACUAAUCAGAUCGAUAUCACAUUUGAUUAUCAAGAAAUUAGCUAGAUUAGAAGAUAUCUUUAUACGAUCUAAACUUUAUCGACUAUUUCAAAAACUUAUACCAUCCUUCUUUUCAAACUCAUCUCUUUAUCCUUUCUUAAUCAGUUUAAUUAUUUCAGGAUUUCAAAUUCUGAAAUCACACGUUGGUUAUCUUUUUGGAUUAUCUAUAGUUUAA